AUGGUGACUGAAGGGAUUGUGCUUGGCCAUAAAAUUUCCAAAGAGGGCAUGCUGGUAGACCAAGCCAAGGUUGAGGUGAUCGAGAAGCUACCACCACCGAAGGAUGUUAGAGCUUGCGGAGUUUCCUUGGACACGCUGGCUUCUAUAGCGGAUUUUUCUAAAAUGGCUCUUCCUUUGUUUAAAUUACUUUAUAAAGAUGUUGUGUUUAAUUUUUCAGAUCAAUGUAUGCAAGCGUUCAAUAAGCUGAAAGAGGCUUUGAUUACAGCUCUUGUAAUGCAGCCCCGGAUUGGAGUUUACCAUUUGAAAUUAUGUGCAAUGCAAGUGGCUCAGCUGUUGAAGCAGUGCUUGGGCAGCGGAAGGACAAGAGACUGCAUGUUAUUUAUUAUGCCAGUCAAGUACUUAAUCAAGCCCAGAAAAAUCACACGGUCACUGAAAAGGAACUCAUUUCGAUUGUUUUUGCAUGUGAAAAAUUUUGACCUUAUUGAAUUGGAGUUCAACUUGGAGAUUAGGAACCGGAAAGGUGUCGAUAACCCCGUAGCAGACCAUCUUUCAAGAUUGACAGCAGCCAGUGAUGAUGGAUCAAAAAUUUCAGAUUUUUUUCAGGAUGAAAGAGAUGAGAUGCCCCUAAAAGGCAUACUUAAGCUUGGAUUAUUCGAUCUUUGGGGCAUCGAUUUCAUGGGACCUUUUCCACCAUCAAAUGGCAAGAAAUAUAUUUUGGUUUCUGUUGAGUAUUUAUCAAAAUGGGUUGAGGCAAAUUCAUGUUCUGCCAAUGUUUCAAAACAAGGCAGGACACCUUAUCAUCCACAAGCCAACGGUCAAGUCGAGGUAUCAAAUAGAGAAUUGAAAAAGAUUCUUGAAACCAUUGUUGAUAAGUCUAGGAAAGAGUGGGCUGUAAAAUUGGAUGAAGCUUUGUGGGCUUAUCGGAAAGCCUUUAAAACUCCUAUCGGGAAAUUAAAAACCAAGUGGUCGGGGUCAUUUAAAGUAUCGCAGGUACUUGAAUCAGGAGUAAUUGUCCUCCAAGCUGAUGAUGGAAGGGAGUUUACAGUAAAUGGACAGAGAGUUAAGCACUAUUUUGGUGAUGAAGUUCAAAUGAUCAACCUAAUAUCGAUGAGACCACCCAUCGAUUGA